AUGACAGAUCCAGAGGAUGAGUCAUUCCCGAUGGUUGAAUCUCCCUGUGAGGAAGAACCAGAGCCAGUGGAAAUAUUUCCGUUGGUGGUGGAGCCGGAUAAAGAAUAUCCUGCGGAUUCGAUCGAACCGCAACCAUCCACCGUCAUAUCAACGGAGGCUGAACCGGAGAAAUCCUCGGAAGCAAUACAAGCCAAUUGCUCUAUACAGGAGGUUGAUCCAGAUAUUUUAAUAGCCUUAGGGGAGAUUACUAAUGACUCCCCGGAUUACGGGGAAAAAAUACACGAUUGUUUAGCAAAAAUUUGGACACCAUUAUUAAAAAAGGGGUUAAGUAAAGAUGUUCGCAAGAAAUUAAUUAAAGAUUACCUUAUUCCUGAAAAUUGUCCCCUUUUAAAAGCGCCAACAUUAAAUCCGGAAAUUUUAGCCGCUUUACCCGAAACUGGUAGGUUCCGGGAUAAGAAAAUUUUGGCAUCCCAACAACAAUUAGGAGUUGGUAUCACAGCCAUAAAUAGAGGACUCAAUAUAUUGUUGUCCGAAACCAGUAAUAAGGUUGACGCAAUUAAAUUCAUUAGCGAUGGUUGUCGUGUCUUGUCCGAUCUUCAUUUUCAAAAUACAGAGAGUAGAAUAAAAUUUAUAUCUCCUGGUCUGGACAAGUCAUUUUUACAAUUAAUACAAGCCUCAGAGAGAGAUGAUUUACUAUUUGGCAGUAAAUUAUCUGAGAAAAUUAAGGCGUCCAAAGCAAUUGCUAAACAAAGUCAACAUAUAAAGAAGGCCCCAAACGCCCCAAAAGCCCCACCACUGCAAACACAAAUACUAUCAACUCGGCCUAAUAACCAGAGAAACUGGCAGGGCCCUCCUCGUUACUCGUCGAACAGGGGGGGGGGGGGGGGCGGAGGACUACGGCGGACAAGUCAACGGCCACCAGUUCAAUCCGGAGGUCCUCAAUUGAAACCACUGCCAUCCAAGACUCGAGGAGUACCUCGCCGAGUAUAA